CGGAGGCGUAAACCAUGGAAAAACAAUUUGACGGAAAACGAGCUCUUGUUACCGGAGCUGGCAAGGGUAUUGGCCGUGAUGUUGCUAAGGAACUUGUAAAGUGCGGAGCUGUGACAUAUGCACUCAGCAGAACACAGUCAGAUUUAGAUAGUCUCAAAGAGGAGGUUCCAGACAUACACACUAUCGCAGUAGAUCUAGCAGACUGGGAUGCAACACAGAAAGCUGUAGAAUCUAUCGGUCCUAUUGAUUUAUUGGUCAAUAAUGCAGGUAUUAAUAUACCAGAACCAAUGUUAGAAAUUAAAAAAGAAUCUUAUGACAGUAUAAUGAACAUUAAUGUUAGAUCUUGUAUCCAAGUAUCUCAGAUCGUAGCUAAGACUAUGGUGUCUAGAAAAUGUGGUGGGGCUAUAGUGAACCUGUCCAGCCAAGCAUCCAUGAUUGCACUAACAAACCAUGCAGUAUAUAGUGCAUCCAAAGCUAGCAUUGAUGCUAUCACGAAAAACAUGGCGUUUGAACUUGGACCUCAUAAAAUUCGUUGUAAUGCUGUCAAUCCUACUGUGGUAUUAACAGAACUUGGUAAGAGGAGCUGGAGUGCUCCAGAGAGAAGUGGUCCUCUCAUAAAUCGUAUCCCCUUGAGAAAAUUUGCUGAAGUGGAAGAUGUUGUAAAUGCUGUCAUAUUUUUGCUGAGUGACAAGGCUGCCAUGAUCAGUGGUACCUGCCUGCCUGUCGAUGGUGGGUUUCUCAUUGCUGGUGUCUGAACAUUACAGUAAAAUACAGAUAUUUGAUCAAAAUAUUGGACAACCUAGCAAAGUUACUAUUGCAAUUUCAAGCUUUAUGCUGCAAUGGUUCAAAGUAAUAGUGUAAUCAUAUUCUUCACAGUAUUACAAAACAAACUCUAAAACAGACAUUACAUGUUUGUAAUUAGCAUUUAUUCAUAUUAGGCCAUGAUAUGCAAAUGAAUACAUGGGUCAUAUAUUAUUACACAUUGUAUGUACGGUACAUAGCAAAUAAACUGUUUUUAAAAAAAAA